AUGUCCGCCAGCCCUCCCACUCCUCUCGGACUGGCUCUGGAUCACAUGAAGGGAGCAACCACUACACAGCACACCAGCACCAACAGUCAUCCGCUUCACAACCCUCUUCUGCGCAGAGUAAUGACUCUCCCGGGCCAUUCAUACAGAACGCCGCCUCCAAUGGCCAACUACGCCAGACCCUACCCGUCGGACAGAACAGAGAAGCAUGUCGAGUAUAUCCUCGUCGCGAGCUUCGACAUCGAUCGUGGAAGUGUCAUGGAGCAUCAGUACCCUGGGCCAGUGGGUGGGGACGAACACAUGUUGGCCGAGUUGAUGUUGCCAGAUGGAGCACACGUGCGAGCUCAAGACUGGACGAUCUUCUUCCUGCACAAGGAUGGUGCUGUGGAGGAGGAUGAGGAGCAGGGCGGUAGAAAGAAGAAAAAGCGGCGGAGAGCUGAGGCGAACGGGCAAGCAGGUGGAGGGGCAGAGGACGACUCAGAUGCAGAAGGCAGCAGCUCGUCAGGAGACGAGAGCGACAACGAGCCGGAUGAUAUCGACGGUCCACCACUGGUCUACGUCCUCAACCUUGUCAACAUGAAGCAAGACAAGACCGUCAAACGAGGCGCUGUAGUAAAAGCAAUGGCCAUCUGCACUCGCCAUUCGUUCCUGCACAUUUACAAGCCACUACUACUGCUGGCCCUAGGGGAGUACUUCGCCAAUCCUGUCGUCGAAACACUGGCCAGCCUUUACGAAGCCGUUAACAGCAUGGAUCUCUCCCUCGUGCCAAAGCUCUCGAUUUACGAGAAGUCUAUCUUGCAGUCGAGCGAGGCCAAAGACCUCUUCCUCUCCAAAUUUGAAGCACUCAUUGCGCAACGUAUGGCAUCCAAAGAGAAGGAUGGCACACAUCCAAGCCAGUCACCAACUUCUCAGCUCCACACUCGGAACCGGUAUGGUCUUCCAAGGGACACGCACGAGUUCGAGAGCAUUGUCAAAUAUGCCAACGUUCCCGUACCAGUCAAGGUCCCUGUUGCCCUGUCGCCAGAGACGGUCGGCGACUUCAGCAUGGUCAAGCUGAUCACAACUUUCGCCACUCCUCAUGCUACCGCACCUACACCAUUCUCGCCAACGCAUCCUCACCUUACUACUUCCGGCCCCCUUACUCACCCUAUCAUCGUUCUACUCAACGCACUUCUCACGCAGAAACGAAUCAUCUUCCUCGGCCACAACCUUCCUUCUUCUGAGGUAGCAGAGGCAGUCUUAGGCGCCUGCUCUCUUGCAUCCGGAGGCUUGCUGCGAGGUUUUACGAGACAUGCCUUCCCUUAUACUGACUUGACGAAGAUUGACGACCUCCUCAAAGUGCCCGGAUUUAUCGCUGGCGUCACCAACCCAGCCUUUGCACACAAGACGGAGUGGUGGGAUGUCCUUUGCGAUAUCUCCACCGGCAAGAUGCGCAUCAGCAAUCGCAUCGAGCAAGCACCGCUUACUGAGGGUGUUGCUUUCUUCCAUUCAAAUGGUGCGGGUGCUCACCACACAUCUGACAAGCUUGGCAACCCUGGCGGAACCGGUGGGAUCUCCUCGAUCGUGGCAGUGGGAGCUUCGAUGAGCGCUGGUCUGGGCGGCAACGCUACUCCCGCUAGCAACAUGAGCGGUGACAUCACGGGAGAUGCAACCUUUAUGAAUAACGUGAUCGCGGCCAUCAACGAGCGCCACGGCGAAAACGCUAUACGCGCGAAGUUCAGGCGGUGGAUACUCAAGUUCAUCCGCAUCGCGGCUGCGUUCGAGGAGGUCGUCUACGGUGCCACCAGCCUGUACAUCCACCCCAGUAUCACAACAAAUUCACCGAGCCUCAGCAUCGGCUCACCACGCCUCGACAGCCCGUCCAAAACGUCUACAGCAGGUGGCUUCGAGCUACCACCCGAAGUCACUGGGCACGGCUACGUCUGGCCGCACUCACAUGCGAAGAACGCAGAACUCGCAGCCAAUGCCACGAGGCUUGAAGGCUGGAGGAACACAAGGAGCUACUACUAUUUCAUCCAGGACCUCGCAGCCUACUACGUCCGCCAACCCGUCAAAGAGCUGGAUCUACAGCAUCUACACGACAAGCUGAGCAAGCUGCGCAUGAACCCAGAAGCCAGCUCCAACAUCUAUCUCGCCAUCUGCGCUGCUGUUCAGUCAGAUGCCGAAAUCAGCCAAUUACUCUCCACAAUCCUGACCGGAUCUUCAGCCGCGGAUAGUAGCAGAAAUGCCGGCGCAAUAGGCACGUCGGGACAGCCGAGCGGUCUUUUCACGCUCGCGCUUGGGCUGUUCCAUCCGCGGCUCGAGGUGCGAGAGCAGAUUGCAAUGCUGCUGGACCGGAUACGAGAGCAUGAGGCGGGAUGUCACUUCUGGAGCCAGCUGGGACGGUUCGUGAAGAUUGGGUUUGAGCGGGUCGUGGAGGCGAGGGAGAUACGGUUAAAUGGUGAUGUCGGGGCGGAGGGGCACGGGGAGGGUUGA